CUUGUUUACAAUCGCCAUAAAACUCUCGAAGAAGAACGAAAAUGAAAUUAGUUGCUCGCGUUAUUGAAAUGUUGAUUUCAUAAAAAGGGACGCAUUUACGAACUCACAAGUGUGAAUGUAGUAGGAAUAGAAAACUUUGGAAUGUCUGCAUUUUUAACUAUACUGGCUGCAGUAGUUACUGUGUAUGUUCUGAUUUAUUAUUAUCUAUUCAAGUGCACCAGAAGAUGUGAAAGUACUGUAAAGCUCAAAGGGAAAACGGCGAUCGUAACAGGGGGCAACACUGGCAUUGGGAAGGCCACAGCCCUGGAGCUGGCCCGGAGGGGGGCGAGGGUGAUCCUGGCCUGCCGCAGCCGGCCGCGGGCCGAGGCCGCUGUCUUCGACAUCCGGAGGGAGAGCGGGAACGGUGAGGUGGUGUACAUGCAGCUGGACCUGGCCAGUCUGAAAUCGGUGCGCUCAUUCGCCGAGAACUUCCUGAAGACUGAGCCCAGGCUGGACCUGCUCAUCAACAAUGCAGGGGUGAUGGGGCCCGGGCGGACGGAGGAGGGGCUGGACCUGGCUUUCGGGGUGAACCACCUGGGCCACUUCCUGCUCACCCGCCUCCUGCUGGAGCGUCUGAGGAUGGCGGACGCGAGCCGCGUGGUGAACGUGGCGGCUCUGCUCUACCGGCUGGGGGGCGUGAACCUCCCCGCCCUGACCGCCCCCCCGCGGGACUCCGCCCCCGCGCCGUCCGGCUGGGCCCACGUCCAAUCGUACAGCAACAGCAAGCUGUGCAACCUGCUCUUCACCCGGGAGCUGGCCAAUCAGCUGGAGGGAACCAGCGUCACCUGCUACAGCCUGCACCCUGGGGUGGUGAAGACGGAGAUCGGCCGGGACAUGCCGCUGUGGCUGAGGCUCCUCUCCGUCCCCAUGGGGGCGCUCUUCUUCCUGGACGUGGAGGCGGGGUCCCAGACCACGCUGCACUGCGCCCUUCAGGAGGGCAUCGAGCGCUACAGCGGCCGCUACUUCUCCGACUGCGCCGUGCAGGAAGUGGACGCCAAAGCGCGCGACGACGCCGUGGCCAGGAAGCUGUGGGAAGUGAGCGAGACGCUGUGCGGCCUGCGCUGAGGCUCCGCCCACGCCGUGCCCAAGCCCCGCCCUCAUCCCACAUAAACCCCUCCCCUUCUCUACUCAUGCCCCGCCCUCAUCCCACAUAAACCCCUCCCCUUCCCCACCCAAGCCCCACCCUCAUCCCACAUAAACCCCUCCCCUUUCCCACCCACGCCCCACCCACAUCCCCAUAAACUCCUUCUCCUUCCACACGCGUGCCCCAUGCUCAUCUCACUUAAACUCCUCCCCUUUCCCCACCCAUGUCCCACCCUCAUAACCCCUUCCCCACCCUCAUCCCACUAACCCCUCCCCUUCCCCACCCAAGCCCCACUCUCAUCCCACAUAAACCCCCCCCCUUCCCCACCCAUGCCCCGCCCUCAUCUCACAUAACCCCCUCCCCCUUCCUCAUCCAUGUACCCAACCACACCGUGGCCAGGAGGCUGUGGAAAGUGAAACAAGACUCUGACCACAGUCACGCCUUUCUGGGCGGGGCCUCUUCUGAAAUUGAGAUAACUUUAACCACGAGCAUUCACAACAAAGGGACACAAAGAGGAAAGACAACAUUACUGAUCUGCCAUUUCAUAGAUUACUCAUGUGGCUGCUCAUUUUAAUGCCAGAACACUAAAGAUUAUGCCAUGAAAACAAUACUGAGAACAGCACCUUAUAAAUAUAUCUUUCUAAUCGGGUUCUAAUAACAAUAAUGUAAAAAUAAAAGAUGCUGGUAUCGUUUUGAUAAUUUUAAGAAUGACGUUAUUAAACCGAUGGUGUGAUACGUUUAACUACAA